AUGUUUAAAAAAGCCGUUAAUGAUCAUACUGGAGGGACAUCAAAACCCCUUCAGUCCAAUUUUCUCCGCGCAAAUACCGUCAUUCCCUCCAAGCCCGCCCAGCCGCACUCUGUCGGCGUUAAACGAAAAAUCGAUUUGACGAAUGGCGGGGAAUCCACGCUGGGCUCCCUCCACAGUUCGGUCUACUUUGACGAGAACGACUUCGACGACGAUUUGGAUCUCGAUAUUGAUGAACCCAUCGCCCUGAAUAUCCCGAGUACAACGAGCGCCACCUAUGCGCAGAAGCCUGACCCCGUCACUUAUCCGACCAUCGACCUCACAUUACCAGAUUCCCCCGAAUUAUCGUCCGCGCGGGCAAAUAAACCGCAAUCGGACAUUACAUAUCCGGAUCUACCACCUGCGUCUCAAGAACAGGCUGCACCUCCGAGCAGCGUGCAGUACCCGUGGUCUUCCUCCCCUCCCUCCCACUUUCAGCCGCCGCCUAAGCCACGUACCCUCCCGUGGGUGAAGGAGGCUAAAGAGGAUUCUGUCCAAGAAAAGAAAAGCAACCUUGUCACCCCAAAGCGAUCGAAACCUGCGGAGCCUUGGAACAAGAGUGCGAGCGCCAUCAAGGAAGAACAAAAGGAGCUGAGACGAGAGUACAAGAAAAGCCAAAAAGCAGACGGCGCACCGAAGCAAAGGGAUAAUGGCAAGGUGGCCAGAGUUUUCCUCAGUGAUGAGCAACUACACGUCGUGGAAGCUGUCGUCGACCAUGGGAAGAGUAUCUUCUUUACCGGUUCUGCAGGUACCGGAAAGUCUGUCCUCAUGAGAGAGAUCAUUAAAAAGCUGCGGGAAAAGUUCAAACGAGAACCAGAUCGAGUUGCAGUCACAGCGUCGACCGGGUUGGCCGCCUGUAACAUUGAAGGCGUUACUCUCCACAGUUUUGCCGGUAUUGGAUUGGGCAAAGAGGCUGUACCUGAAUUGGUCAAGAAGAUCAAAAAAAACCAGAAAGCUCGGAACCGAUGGCUCCGCACUAAGGUUCUGAUUAUCGACGAAGUAUCGAUGGUUGACGGCGAUCUGUUUGACAAACUUGAGGAGAUUGCUCGACGAAUUCGGAACAAUGGUCGUGCAUUUGGAGGCAUUCAGCUCGUUGUUACCGGUGACUUUUUCCAAUUACCCCCUGUACCAGAAGGCCAUGGUCGGGAGGCAAGAUUUGCCUUUGCAGCAGCUACUUGGAAUACCGUGAUUCAACAUACUAUUCUCUUAACACAUGUAUUCCGACAAAAGGAUCCCGAGUUUGCCUCUAUGCUUAACGAAAUGCGUCUGGGCAAGAUCAGCCCCAAGACAAUUGAUGCCUUCCGGAAGCUCUCUCGGCCCCUUGAUUUCCACGACGCCCUCGAGGCGACCGAAUUGUUCCCAACUCGUGCAGAAGUUGAGAAUGCCAAUUCCCAACGAAUGAGUCGACUCUCUGGCGAGGUGAUGACGUUCAAUGCUGUUGAUUCAGGAACGAUCCAAGACCCCCAGCACCGGGAGAAGCUACUAUCUAACUGCAUGGCGCCAAUGACCAUUCAUCUCAAGAAAGGCGCGCAGGUGAUGCUCAUCAAGAACAUGGAAGACACCCUCGUCAAUGGCUCUAUCGGAAGAGUUGUGGCUUUUAUGGAUGAGACAACCUUCGACUGUUACAAGGACAAUGAAGGCGUCUUUGUUGCCGGGGGUAGUGACAACGAGGAGGAUGCGGCCCUACGUGCCCGAAAGAAACUCAAGCCCCUGGCCCACAAAGAAGGUGGAGUCACAGUGACACGAAAAUGGCCCCUGGUCAGCUUCGUUCAGCCUGAUGGGACUGAGAGGCAUCUACUUUGUCAGCCAGAAGCCUGGAAGAUAGAACUUCCUAAUGGUGAAGUCCAAGCCCAGCGCCAGCAGGUGCCUUUGAUUUUAGCCUGGGCAUUGUCAAUCCACAAGGCUCAGGGUCAGACUCUCCAUCGGGUGAAGGUUGAUCUGGGCCGAGUCUUUGAGAAAGGUCAGGCCUACGUGGCUCUGAGUCGUGCUACUUCCCAGGCUGGCUUACAGGUCAUGCGAUUUGAGCCACGCAAGGUUAUGGUACAUCCCAAGGUGACAGAGUUCUACUCCAACUUGGUAUCCAUCACCCAGGUCAUUCAAGGCAAGCAGACAAGGUCAGAUGGCUUUGAAGAAUGA